AUGUCCCCUCCUCACUGCGAUCCAGGACCAUCAAGUAUUUCUCGAAUCCAAGCUAGUCGAUCACAUUCUGCUCCAUCUUUGACUCACUGGAUGGGUAAGUCCAACAGCCCAAUGAAACGAUCUUGGAACCCUUCCACUUCACCUGGAAUAGCUAUCACUUCAGUUGAGGAUAAAAUGGGUGUAGGAAAGGUAGAUAAUGGUAAAGGAAAGGUCAAGGGUAAGGACUCAGAACGUGAUAUUGGUGUCGAACAAGGUUUGAGUCAAUUAUACGUAAACCAUGAAAAGAAAGAAGCAUCUUCAUCGCGAAAUAAGAGACGAUCUCCUAAAAAAGGAAACAACAUCACAGAAGGAAUCAGUGUAUCUACUACUGGUACAAAUCCAAUAUUGAGUUCGGAGUCGGAAUUGAAAAGAUCGAGUUGGGGAAGUGCGAUUUUGGGCAACGCUUUAUCCGUUGGAGUAUUCGGAGCUGCUUUGGGAUUGACGGCGUAUAGGUUGAUAUCAAAUCAAUCUCCUUCUCCUUCUUUGUCACAGGAACGUUUCGAUGGUCAAAAUGGCGGAGGUAAUACUAAUCUAACUAUCGAGGAAGGUUCACCUCAAGAUUGCGUGGAAAAUACCUUAUCACCCGGUUCGUUGGAAGAAGAGGAAAAUAUCAAUCAAGCUUCAAACGUGCCAGUGACUGAAGAUGAUGCUCCUUGCCCAAACAAAGACAGGCCGAUAUCACCUGUAUCUAUCAUAAAUCAAGGAAUAGAAGCUGCAGUGGAUACUACACUGGACAAUAUCGAGAACUCGUCGAAUCGAGUAUUCUCUUCUUCACCGCCAACAACAAACACAAGUACAAAUAUUGAUACCGUUGGAGAACCUCAAAUAUCGACGCAGGAUUUACCUCCUCCUCCAGCGUACGAAGAGACUGAGUGUGGUUUAUCACGCCAGGGAAAUGGUAAUGUAAAUGGAAAGAGUGAAUGGGAAGAUUUCAACGAGCAGCUCGUCACCCCAUCUUCGACGAUAAAAUCAAGUUCAACGACGUAUCUCAUGAAUACAUGUUCACAAUCACGAAGACGAAAGAUUAGAAACCGUCGUACCGGUUCGAGAAUCUCAAGAAAUGGUAUAUUUCAUACAUUCGGCAGUACUUCAAUGCCAAAUAUCAUCACAACUUCAAAGAGGGGAGAUGAAACUCAUUCGUCUCGGGGCAUUUCGAUCAACCAACAAUACGUAGUUGGAUCCAAUGGCGAUUCGACAGGCUCAAUGGACAACGAUGACACACAUCAAGUUCAGGAUCAAGAUGAUAACGAAAACGAAAACGAAAACGAAAACGAAAACGAAAACGAAAAUGAGGAUCAAGAUGGGAUGAUAGCUCGAUUAGAUUCCAUGAGUGUACAACUUGCUUUACUCAUUGAAGAAGGCAAGAAAGCAUUGGAGAAACCCAUAGGGCGGAGUAUUGCUUCAAAUCUGGCCGAUAGUGGGAUUGGACCAUCAGAUAUAUUCAGUCCUCUCAUCGACUCCGACCCCAAUUUCGAGAUAGAAUCUGGAUCUGAACCUGAAUCUGUAGUUCAAGAAUUCAUUAUAUCAAACGAUAGUAUAACUGAUCAGAAACAGGUCGAGAAAAGAGAAAGUAUAAGUAGGAUCCCAAUGAAAAUUGGAUCAAGUCUCUAUCAAAAGUUUACCCCAGAGAAGGACGAUGAUCAUCGAAACGCUCUCAUUGACUCGGGAUCUCCAGUUGGAAAAGUGCAUCUAACUUCGAAAAUCCCCGUCAGGAGUAAAAGUAUGACGAGUGGCUUGAACGUUGACUGA